AGGGUGCCGCACGGUAGCAGCAUCUUGGCGGUGCGCUGAGGAAACUUUUACUCGCAGCAGCAGCAGCAGUUCAGAGUGCCCGCUAACAACCACCUGUUGGCCGCUUCUUGUCUUCAGUCGCUGCGGUACUUCACGGUUUAUCUGCGGAGCUCGGGCAGCACGUUAGGCUGCAUCUUUGUCCGAGACGGUAUGAGGUUCUGAUGAAUGCAAGUUGGUCUUGUUUCUUCUGCACCACACCCCCCUCCCCAAAACGACCACCCUCGCCCAUUCUAACGGACUCGACCCUGAUGUUACAAACACUUUGACUUUACGCAGUCGCGCUCAUCUCUUUCCUCGUGACAACUUUUUCCUUCAUCUUCCCGACGCACGCAAGGUCGGACAGUCAUGCUCUAAGUGUCGCUAACAGCAAGCAAGAGGAGUGGAACUGAAGUUUGAGCUACGCAUGAGUCGGACCAUGCAAGAACAACACAGCAGAGGACUGAAGAAUCUGAGGCUGCUGCUUCUCUGCCUCUCCAUUGCCAUCCUCGCCUCUGGAGUGCAAGCGGGCGGGAAGAAGCACAGCGGCCCCUGUGGAGGAAGAGACUGCAGCGGAGGAUGUAAAUGUUUCCCAGAGAAGGGAGCCAGGGGUCCCCCAGGGCCUCUUGGUCCCCAGGGAUCUCAGGGGCCUCAUGGACGACCAGGUGAUGCAGGCAUCCAAGGACAGAAGGGGCACAAAGGGGACCGUGGACAAGGAGGCAUCAUCGGUCCUAAGGGGAAUGUGGGAAUGACCGGUGUUCCUGGGUUUUCUGGAAAUGAUGGCAUCCCUGGACACCCAGGGCAAGCAGGUCCCAGAGGGAAGCCCGGUGCUGACGGCUGUAACGGGACAGUUGGACAAGGAGGCUUACCAGGGCAACCUGGCUUUAAUGGCUUGCCCGGUUAUCAGGGAACAUCUGGCUGGAAGGGACAGAAGGGAGAUUCUCUGGAGCUGGAGGUGUUCAUGGAGCGUUUCAGGGGAGAACCAGGCCCAUCGGGGUUCAGCGGAAUAACUGGGCCUCAAGGAAACCAAGGGCGGCCAGGUAACAGAGGCCUCCAAGGACCAAAGGGCCCCGCAGGGUCUCCAGGUCCUCGUGGACCAAAGGGCACUAUGACCAAAGUGCUGAAAGGAGUCAAAGGAGGACAAGGAGACAUCGGACCACAAGGGCCGCAAGGAAACUCUACUUACCCAUAUUCUCAGCCCCCCUAUGGCCCUCCGGGACCUAAUGGGUCGAAAGGUGACACAGGUGACGUAGGAGAACCGGCUGACAACAAAGGAGAGACCGGUAUGCCAGGGCUCAGUGGAUCAAGGGGUCCUUCUGGUGCAGAUGGUAGUCCUGGACAAAGGGGAGAUCUUGGUGAACCAGGACCAAGAGGCAGAGACGGUCCCAAGGGAGUCAGAGGAGAAGCAGGAGAGCCGAUUUCAUCUGGCUGGUUUUCAGGGGGAGGUUCUCCUGGUCCUCUUGGUGAGCAGGGUCCUCAAGGAGAAAGGGGCCCAGUAGGAGACCAAGGCUCUCCUGGACUUCCAGGACGCAUGGACUAUGAAUCACAGCAGCAUGUGCUGGAUUUCAAUGGGCCAUUUGGCAAAAAGGGGGAGCCUGGAGGUAAAGGACCGCAAGGCGAACCUGGAUUUCCUGCUCUCCGUGCUGGACGCCCGGGCAGCAACGGGCGUCCAGGAGAAAGAGGCCCUCCAGGUCCCAAAGGAUCAUGGACUGAAGUCUUCAAGGGGAGCGCUGGCGGUAGUGGACGACCAGGAAAUGCAGGCUUUAAAGGAGUGAAAGGUGACCAUGGGGAAUGUGCAUGCAGCGUGGUAAACUCUAAACAGGGACCACCAGGCCCUACUGGGGACCUUGGUGACCGCGGGAUGACUGGAGAGUUUGGUCAGGUGGGAGACGCAGGAGUUCCUGGUCCUCAAGGAGACGACGGGUUUCCAGGAUCUCCCGGACUCAACGGUGUUCCAGGUCCAAAAGGUCGCAAAGGAGACUUGGGUGUGGCCAAACAGAAAGGGUCAGCUGGAGAUCCAGGAGUACUCGGGCGAGAUGGUGAGCCGGGAUCACCGGGUGCUCCAGGACGAAGUGGAAUGCCUGGGUUCCCUGGGACCAGAGGUCAACAAGGAGAAGGCCCCCGUGGAGAAAGUGGUGACAAAGGUUUCCCAGGUCUGCCUGGUCAACCCGGUGCAUUUGGUUAUAGGGGGGAACCAGGUGGAGAACUCACUGGCAUCAAAGGCCAACGCGGUGUCCCCGGUGACGACGGCCUCGCAGGAUAUCAAGGAGUCCAAGGAACACCUGGAAUCCCAGGCGGCUGUAUUCCAAGUGGAGAUGGAGGACAGGUGGAUGUAACAGGUCCUUGUAGUGCUGUUCCAGGACCUCCUGGACUUCCUGGUCCUCCAGGACCUCCUGGAGUACAAGGUUUCUCAGGUGGUCCAGGCCAAAGAGGACCCCAGGGUCAGUAUGGACCAUCUGGAGAGAAAGGAGAAGCAGGAGAGCAAGGCAAAGGUGGCGCUCCUGGACCACCAGGUUUCCCUGGCCCCCGUGGAGAAUCAGGGAUUCCCGGCAGGAAAGGUUCAGGAGGAUCCUUUGGUUUCUCCGGUGUGCCCGGCCGACAGGGGCCUCUGGGUGAGAAAGGUUUUCAUGGGGAGGUAAUGGGAGCAUCAACAGGACCCCCCGGUGACCCCGGACAGCCAGGACUACAAGGAAACAAAGGGAAGUCUGGUGAUCCAGGAGAGCCCGGCUAUGGAGGAAUCGGUGGGAUGCCUGGUAUGAUCGGUUUCAAGGGUGAGAGUGGACCUUCUGGAUUGCAGGGAGAGGAAGGGAGGCCUGGGCCUUCUGGAACAUAUGGCUACCCUGGAGUUCCUGGGAGAGGAGGUCUUCCUGGGCCAGUUGGUAACACUGGACAACCAGGUUUGACUGGAGAGAGGGGAACUACAGGAUAUCCAGGCCCUCCAGGUCCAAUCGGGUUAAAAGGGGUCCCAGGGUCAUUUGGUAAUGAUGGCAUUAUAGGAGAUUAUGGCCCAACAGGUGAAGCUGGACAGCCUGGAGGAAACGGGCGCCCUGGACCUUCAGGAAUGAAAGGUUACAAAGGGUUGCCAGGCAUGUCAGGUUUUAAGGGGAUGUGGGGUAAUUCAGGAGUCAAGGGCUUCGGUGGACAGAGAGGAGAUCCUGGAGUGAUGGGUGAAGCUGGCCUGGAAGGGCUGAAGGGUCAAAGUGGAGAAAAGGGUGAUCGAGGUUUGAGAGGACCACCUGGGAAGAAGCCUGAAAUUCCCAACAAGAUGAAGGUUGACAUGAAGGGAGUCAAGGGAGAACAUGGAUUUGGUGGGAAUCAAGGUUUCACCGGAGCAAGAGGUAUCAAGGGUCUCCACGGUGUGCCGGGAACAGAGGGAACUCAUGGUCUUCCUGGAGAGCCCAGCUUUGUUAAAGGUUACCAUGGAGAUGCAGGUGCACAGGGGCUGCCGGGGAUUAAAGGAAUGCCAGGCGUGACGGGAAAUCAAGGAAUCAACGGUUUCCAGGGAAUGUCAGGCAACACGGGAACCAAAGGAAGCCCUGGUGCUUAUGGUGCAUCAGGAGAGAAGGGAAAGAAAGGAGUCAAAGGUGAGAAAGGCCCUCGUAUAGACCUUCCAGGAACUCCCGGGUUGAGAGGAGACUUUGGUUUACCAGGAGAUCCAGGCCAGAGAGGAUUCGCUGGACCAACAGGCGACAGGGGUUCAUCUGGUUUUGAUGGUAUUGAAGGAAAAAAGGGAGAGCCAGGUGUUCCAGGAUUAUUUGGAUCUCAAGGCUUUGAUGGCCAGAGCGGAACUCCUGGUAACCAAGGUCAAAAAGGAUUUGCCGGACCACUCGGGAAAGAUGGACAACCAGGCUUUCCUGGCUUCCCAGGAAACAGAGGUUUCCCCGGCCUGAAGGGUCUUUAUGGAUUACAUGGAUUGAAGGGACAAAAGGGUAUUGCAGGAACACCAGGUCUGGAUAUCAUAGGACCAGCUGGUGAACCUGGAGUCAAAGGAGAGAAAGGAGAGGGCGGUGACCCCAACAACCAACCAGGUUUUCCUGGCACAGAGGGUUUGAAAGGCUUCCAGGGGCCCCAAGGUGACUAUGGUCAACCUGGGCUGCCAGGAUUCCGUGGUCCAGCUGGACCAAAUGGGACCCAAGACAGACCUGGACACAUUGGGGAUCAUGGCUUUUUGGGACCUAAAGGGUACCAUGGAUUCCCUGGACCCAGAGGAGUUCCUGGUGUGGAUGCUUCUCCUGGAGAGAAUGGUUUACCCGGGGUAAAUGGGUUUCCUGGGUACCCAGGUCAGAAGGGAUUAAAAGGAAAUCAAGGUCCAUUUGGAUUCAGAGGGCCAAACGGGGUUUCUGGGAAAAAAGGAGUGAAAGGAGAGCAAGGGUUGAUGGGAGUUCCUGGUCAGUUAGGUUUGAAGGGUGAAUUAGGGCCACCUGGUCCAAAAGGAAACACCGGUCCCCCAGGAGUUCCAGGAGCUCAAGGCAACAAGGGUCGUCUCCCAAUACCCAUCAGAGUCCCUGGAGAGAGGGGCAUUCAAGGGCCACAGGGUAUCCAUGGACCAAAGGGGGUCAGUGGAAGUCCAGGGGCACAGGGUCCCCCUGGGGAUAACGGUUUCAUCGGACCCAGCGGUCAGAAAGGCAUGCCUGGGAUCGGCGGUACGCCAGGAACGCCUGGCUUUCGUGGAAAUCACGGACAAAUGGGCCACCCCGGUCUGCAAGGCAUGGAAGGUCGCCGUGGCACCAGUGGUGUUCCUGGGUUACCUGGUAUGCCAGGCCGCAGCGUCAGCGUGGGAUACUUGCUGGUGAAACACAGUCAAACAGAGCAGACGCCAAUGUGUCCUGUAGGCAUGUCCAAACUGUGGGACGGUUACAGUCUGCUGUACCUGGAGGGACAAGAGAGGGCUCAUAAUCAGGACCUGGGUCUCGCUGGCUCCUGCCUCCCUCGCUUCAACACCAUGCCCUUCCUGUACUGCAACCCUGGAGACAUUUGUUACUACGCCAGCAGAAACGAUAAGUCCUACUGGUUGUCAACGACGGCUCCUAUUCCCAUGAUGCCUGUAGAGGAGGCAGAGAUCAAACCUUACAUCAGCCGCUGCUCAGUGUGUGAGGCUCCAUCAGUCGCCAUCGCUGUCCACAGCCAGGACAUCACUAUCCCACAGUGUCCUGUGGGCUGGCGUAGUCUGUGGAUCGGCUACUCCUUUCUCAUGCACACAGCAGCAGGAAGCGAAGGCGGAGGUCAGUCUUUGUCGUCGCCAGGUUCCUGCCUGGAGGACUUCCGCACAACACCAUUCAUUGAGUGUAACGGGGCCAAAGGAACAUGCCACUAUUUCGCCAACAAGCACAGCUUCUGGUUAACCUCCGUCGAUCAGUCGUUCCACACUCAGCCGGCGUCAGAAACGCUAAAGGCAGGCCAGCUUCUGUCACGCAUCAGCCGCUGCCAGGUCUGCAUGAAGAACCUUUAAAAAGAAAAAAACUAACGUGGACAUGAAGACAUCUUUCCCAUGGACAGUGGUUUGGUGUCAUCUCUCUAACCGUGUCUUGACGUUAUGUAAAUGAGAAACUCUUCUAAAGCCACAGAGCUCAGAAAUGAAAAGACUGUGUGAUGGAAGGAGUCGACAUGUCCUAGAGGAGAGGAAGCCUCACAAGUAUUUUGAGAUAAAUGUGGAUUGGUGCUUACUGUUUAACUUAUUACCUCAGCUACUAUGAUACACAUUUGAUUAUCCAUCUGAGACCAUAAAAUACAGCUGAACCAAAGACGCCUUAUAUAUGCACUGCUUCAGUUUAUCUACAUGUUUUUAUUGUUUAGGGUAUCCUGCCCACCAUAAAGCCACUAACACUGCUUCAUUAGAAGUUUUGAAUCAUUUUGGUUGACAGCAUUAUCUUGCUUUUAUUUCAUGACUCUUAACAUAACCUAUUUUUAUAAUAGACAGAUCUGUUUUAUGCUCUUAUCUGCUUUUAAACAUCUGAAACUCUUUGUUUCAUUCACCACACAGUCACACAAUGCACUGAUUCUCGUUGUAUUUAUAUCAGCUGAAUAAACUUGAGCCCCCCCUCCUGA